UGCUUUCCAUUUGGGUGAAGACAAAAUUGCACAAAAUUGACAUUUCGGCGGGCGUGGGAACACCAACCACCCUUUUCUUUUCUUUACCAAAGCUCAGUAGGAGUAACAUGCUAGUACUUGCAUUCAAAUGCAAAGCCCGCCAAAAGCCCGCCACCACUCUCUCUCUCUCUCUCUCUCUCGUCUUUUAACAUAUUCAAAUCUCCCUUUUCACUAUUUGCUUUUCAUCACUAUUCCUUUAACUAAUGACUUGGAAUUCAACAAACACAUUUUGCCGUUCACACUUUUUCCACUGAUCCAACAUGAAGUUCUUGUCCUCCACUUCUUCCUCAGCUGCCUCCACCACCACCACCUCCUCCUCCUCCGCCUCCUCUAACAGGAGGAGUCUAACCGGAAUACUACGCAAACUUCUUUGCUUCAAUAGUCUCCCUCCAAACCCCACUGAUCAAUUUAAAGACACCGAUCCAUUCAACUCAGGUGAGCUCGACAAUUCCAUAGACAUGGAAAAAGAGGAGAAGGUCGAGGCUGCAGCAAAUCCGGGGAUAGUGGCAAGGCUAAUGGGUUUGGAAUCCAUGCCACAGAUUGCACGUUGCCGAUCGAUGAAUUAUGAUUCUCGGAGAGAGAACGAAGGGCAGAAUCGGGGUGUCAACACUUCGUUGUCUUUUCGCGAACUCCCGACCUUCUUAGAUCUAGAAAAUGAUGAGUUCUUUGUUCUUAGCUUUGACAGUGAAGUUGAGAAUAAAGAAUUCAAAUCAAAAGCAAAUAGAUCUGAGAUGGGUUCUCGGAAAUUGGUAAAAUGUAAAGGAGAGAGAAGCAAAAGUAAGUGUGACAGAAGAGGCUUGUCUGAGGAGAAGGAUAAAGAAAAUCAAGAGCCUAAUGUGGUGAUAGUGGCAGAUGAGAAGGUCAAGAGGAGGAUCAAUCAAAAUGUUGUAAAGCAGUUGAAACCCUUAACUCAAAGAGAAACCUCAAGCGGAAGGAAACAAAAGAAGGACAAGGAAGAGAGUGUCUCUGCAUCGAAGGCGGUCGAAGCAGAGUGCAGUUUGGAGAAUUCAAGCCCUGUUUCUGUUCUUGACUUCAGUGAACCCAUUGCUGAUCCUCAAGUUCUUACAUCAGAAGGUUCAACAUCAAGAAGGAAGAUAGCAGCAGAACUUGAAAAUUGCAAGCACUCACCUCCAUCUCCAUGUAACCCCAGUACAAAUUCAACUGUUGAUGUGGAGAAGCGGAAGUUGGUCGAUGGAAAAUGUCACGGAUCGAGGAGAAAAGAUAAACGGAGGCAGAAAUAUGUGGGAAGAAGAUCUGGUGAGAUUUGCAAAAUAGCAGAAGGAGCCAUGAUGGAAUCAAAUUGGCUAUACAAAGAAUUGUGGAAGCUUGAAGAUUUUGAAGUUACAGGUGCAGAUUUUGAGUUGCAAAUUCUGGAAACAAUGUUAAAUGAGCUGGUAGAUCAACUUGUUGAGACUUCCCAGAAGAACUUUUCUAUCUGUAACACUUGAGAGAGCUGUACGCUUUUUCAGCUAAACUGAAGAACUGUAAUCUGUAAAUGGAAAAUGCAACGUAGCAUGUACAAUCUCGAGUGAGAAACAAGAAUAUGCAUAGUAUCACUCAAACAACCCUUAUGCAUGCAUAGAUACGGACACAGAUCCAAAAGCAGUUGACUAAUAAAGCAUGAAUCAUUUCGUCGUCA